CCAUUUUGAGCCGGGCCCGGAACGAAGGCUCGAUGGCCGGGCAACCGCGACUCCGCGGCGGGGACUGAGCGGACCAUGGACGUGCGGAGGCUGCGCGUCAACGAGCUGAAGGAGGAACUGGGCCGUCGUGGCCUCGACAUCCGCGGGCUGAAGGCCGAGUUGGCUGAGCGACUGCAGGCGGCGCUAGAGGCCGAGCAGGGCCGCGGCGGAUUGCCUGGACCGGGUUUGGGCAGGGAGCCGCUGCUGUCUGACGGACACUAUGGCAUUCAUGCCAGUUCUCACAUGGACAACCUGCAAGGAUACCAGUCUUUUGAACAUUGCAGCGUCAAACAGGAGAACGAAUCUGGGUAUGAGAGGGGACUUAUAGACCAAGAUCAUUCUGGCUUACGUUCAGAAAUGAAGACAGAGCCGAAACAAGAGGAUCCAGGCCCUGGCUACAACAUGCAGGCCUCUGGUUACCAUGCACCUCCUUCUGGUUAUACAGGGUCCACCCCUAAUUACAACACUUCCGUUUCUGGCUACAGUGCCCCUGCUUCAAGUUACAGUGCACCUGUCUCCGGUUACAGCUCCUCAGAUUCCUCUCAGUCCUGGCAGCAGCAGGGACGGAAGAGGCCAUUUGAGGAAUCUCGGGGGCAUGGCUACUAUGAACAUCGAGAGGAUAAGAGGGGCCGAUCUCCUCAGCCACCUGCAGAAGACGAUGAAGAUGAUUUUGACGACUCACUGGUGGCCAUUGAUACAUAUAAUUGCGAUCUGCAUUUCAAAGUGGCCCGUGACCGAUUCAGUGGCUACCCUCUGACUAUAGAAGGGUUUGCUUACCUCUGGUCAGGAGCACGAGCCACAUACGGGGUACGGCGUGGGAGGAUCUGCUAUGAGAUGAAGAUCAACGAAGAGAUCUCUGUCAAGCACCUUCCUCCCACUGAGCCGGAUCCUCAUGUGGUGCGUGUUGGCUGGUCGCUGGACUCCUGCAGCACCCAGCUGGGUGAAGAACCUUUUUCCUACGGCUACGGAGGCACUGGGAAGAAAUCCACCAAUUGCAAGUUUGAAAAUUACGGUGAAACCUUUUCUGAGAAUGACAUCAUCACCUGCCUUGUGGACUUCGAGUGUGGGGAUGACAUUGAGCUGUCCUUCAUGAAGAAUGGGAAGUGGCUGGGGGUGGCGUACCGCCUGCGGAAGGACAUCUUGGGCGGCAAGGCGCUCUUCCCGCAUGUUCUGGUCAAGAACUGUGCCAUCGAGUUCAACUUCGGCCAGAGGGAAGAUCCCUUCUUUGCAGUGCCGCCGGGCUUCACCUUCAUCCAGCACCUGCCCCUGUCCGAGCGCGUUCGGGGGACAAUCGGACCAAAGAGCAAAAUGGAAUGUGAAAUCUUGAUGAUGGUGGGGCUGCCUGCCGCUGGGAAGACCACGUGGGCCAUCAAGCACGCCGCAGCCAACCCAAACAAGAAGUACAACAUUCUGGGAACAAACGCCAUUAUGGACAAAAUGAGGGUGAUGGGACUCCGCCGCCAGCGCAAUUAUGCCGGCCGCUGGGAUGUUCUCAUCCAGCAAGCGACACAGUGCCUGAACCGCUUGAUCCAAAUCGCAGCACGGAAAAAGCGUAACUACAUCCUGGAUCAGACAAAUGUUUAUGGAUCUGCCCAGAGACGAAAAAUGCGCCCUUUUGAAGGUUUCCAACGCAAGGCUAUUGUAAUUUGUCCCACGGACGAGGAUUUAAAAGAUCGAACAAUUAAGCGCACAGACGAGGAGGGGAAGGAUGUGCCUGAUCACGCAGUGUUAGAAAUGAAAGCCAACUUCACGCUGCCAGAAGCAGGAGACUUCCUUGACUCCGUCAUCUACAUCGAACUGCAGCGGGACGAAGCCGAGAAGCUGGUGAGGCAGUACAAUGAGGAAGGCAAGAAGGCCGGCCCCCCACCCGAGAAGCGCUUUGACAACCGGGGCGGCGGCUUCCGUGGCCGUGGUGGAGGCGGCGGUGGCGGCGGCUUUCAGCGCUUCGAUAACAGAGGGCCCCCAGUGGGCAGUCGAGGUGGCUUCCAGAACCGAGGCGGCGGUGGCGGCGGCGGCGGCAGCGGAGAAGGAUUCAGGGGAGGCUUCAGAGGUGGUGGCGGAGCAGGCGGCGGCGGUGGCGGAGGAGGAGGAGGAGGAGGAGGAGGAGGAGGAGGCUUCAACAGGGGUGGCUACAACCAGAAUCGCUGGGGAGGUGGAACCCGGGACAACAACAACAACAACAGCCGGGGGAGCUACACCCGCAGCAACCAGCCGCAGAGCAGCUACAGCCCAGCACAUAACCAGAACGCUUACAAGAGUGGCAGCAAUAUGGCACCCGCACCUCCUGCUCCCGCCGCCAGUGCCCCGCCCAGUACUUACAACCCAGGGCCACAGCCGAGCUACAGCCAGCCCUGUGCCCCCCCAGCCAGCUACAGCCCAGGUGGUUAUACAGCUCCUAGCUACAGCUACGGGAGUUACGGUGGUUACAGCCAAAGCUACACCCAGCCCCCACCACCUCCAGCCCCGGCUCCAGCCCCGGCUCCAGCCCCGACCCCACCAAGCUACAAUCAGCCCAGCUACAACCAAUACCAACAGUAUGCCCAGCAGUGGAGCCAGUACUACCAGAACCAGAACCAGAGCCAGUGGCCCCCGUACUACAGCAGCUACGACUACGGGAGCUACACAGGCACCACACAGGGCGGGUCCAGCGCUCAGUGAUGGCUGCACGGCCUCCCUGCAGAGAGCAGCUCGUUGCGCCACUUUUGGCAUGUCGGUCGGCAUUUCUGAGUCUCGGGAGAUCCGGAAGUAGUCUCUCUACCCUUAUUCCUCUCUGUAGUUCUUGAGGGCGGCUGAGUUUUUACUGUACAGCUAGAGGCAUGUUUCCUUCCCUUUGUACCAUCCUUCACGAGGAAGUUACAUGAUUUCUUGGUCUCUCCUUGUUGAAGACAUUUUUUUUCCUUUUUAAAAAAUUCUGAUUCUGAAAGAAGCUAGAUUCUUCAGCCUUACAUCCUUGUACUUUUUAGGGCCAGAUCCAUCCCAGUAUCCAACUUUCUAUGGUAGUUUGCGGGGACGGCAAGUUUGCGAGGGCCUUCCUAGAAUUUAUUACCACCCUUUUUCUUCAACCCAGCCUCACACAUAGUGGUCAUAAAUUCGAGUCAUUUCGGAAACUUCCUGCAGUUUGGUGUCACCUGUCUCUGAGGUGUUUUUAUCCGUCUUUUCUGCAAAUAACUAUUAAAACUGGAGGGAGAAGAGAUGGCUAUCUUAUGGUAAUUAUGUUUUUAUUUUUAGAUUUUCUGUAACUUUUUACUGUGGGUCAGCAGCUGUUAAUAUUUUCAUCAAGGUAACAAUUCCUUUUUGCUCAAUACAGGAGAGGAGAAAACAACCGAGGGUUAAAUCAUCUUAAAUGUGUAACUUUUUAUACAAUGUCUAAGUUUCUGUAACUUUGCACAUGCUUUGUGUUGAGUUGAAUUGUAACAGCUUUUUGUAUUUGGAGAAAAAAAAGAGUGAAUAUUGAACUUUAAA